AUUGAACAACGUAUAUUUGAAAUGUUUCGAGAAAUAUUUCAUUGUGCAACAAUCGAAGAACCACCAUUUGGUAUUGGUUCAUGUUUAUCAUCACGAGCUUUAUAUGCAGCUGAUUUAAUAUUAGAAUUAAAACAUAAUAAUAAAAUUCAACCAAAAUUAUUAGAAAUUAAUUUUGCACCCGAUUGUCAACAUGCAUGUACUUCUUAUCCGACUUUUUAUAAUCAAGUUUUUAAUGUUCUUUUUCGAGACCUGAUCGAUGAUGAGGAUAUUGUAGAUAUUUCAUCGUAA